CCGGCGCGCGCCACCCCUCGCGAGACUUCGGCUACUUCGGCGGCGCAGCAAUGGCCAGAUCAUGCCGCGUCACUGCUCCGCCGCCGGCUGCUGCACACGGGACACGCGCGAGACGCGCAGCCGCGGCAUCUCCUUCCACAGACUUCCCAAGAAGGACAACCCGAGGCGAGGCUUGUGGUUGGCCAACUGCCAGCGGCUGGACCCCAGCGGCCAGGGCCUGUGGGACCCCGCAUCCGAGUACAUCUACUUCUGCUCCAAACACUUUGAGGAGAACUGCUUUGAGCUGGUGGGAAUCAGCGGGUAUCACAGGCUAAAGGAGGGAGCAGUCCCCACCAUAUUUGAGUCUUUCUCCAAGUUGCGCCGGACAUCCAAGACCAAGGGGCACAGUUACCCAUCUGGCCCCCCUGAAGUCACCCGGCUCAGGCGAUGCAGGAAGCGCUGCUCCGAGGGCCGAGGGCCCACAACUCCAUUUUCUCCACCUCCACCUGUUGAUGUCACCUGCUUUCCUGUGGAAGAGGCCUCAGCACCUGCCACUUUGCCAGCCUCCCCAGCUGGGAGGCUGGAGCCUGGCCUUAGCAGCCCCUUUUCAGACCUUCUGGGCCCCCUGGGUGCCCAGGCAGAUGAAGCAGGCUGCAGUGCCCAGCCUUCACCAGAGCCACAGCCCUCCCCGCUCGAGCCACGGCCAGUCUCCCCCUCGGCCUACAUGCUGCGCCUGCCGCCACCCGCCGGAGCCUACAUCCAGAAUGAACACAGCUACCAGGUGGGCAGCGCCUUGCUCUGGAAGCGGCGAGCUGAGGCAGCUCUUGAUGCCCUCGACAAGGCCCAGCGCCAGCUGCAGGCCUGCAAGCGGCGGGAGCAGCGGCUACGGCUGAGACUGACCAAGCUGCAGCAGGAGCGGGCACGGGAGAAGCGGGCACAGGCAGAUGCCCGCCAGACUCUGAAGGAGCAUGUGCAGGACUUUGCCAUGCAGCUGAGCAACAGUAUGGCCUGAGGGGCCGCUGGACUGACCAAGGGGCUGCCCAGCAAGGCUGCAGCCUCCUUCUCCCUCAGAAUCCACCAUACCCUCCAGGUGCCAUAAUAAAGUGGAUUCUAGAAGGA